AUGGCCGGGGUUACAGGAGGGCAGACACCCUGUAGGCUGCACUCCCCUGGCAUCUGGGUGGUCAAGAGAAAGGAAGAAACCAGUUCUUCCUCUCACUCCUUCUGUGCCUCAGGCAGCUACACUAGGAGUCCUGGCUCCUCUGAACUUCCAGCAGUGGUUCUGGCUCCUAUGAACCAACUCUACUCCCUGGAUCUGGUAACACAGCCUCAGCUCUUGACCUUGCAGAGAAAGGCUAUUCAGAGUGAAGUUGGCUGUGAUGGCAGAGAAAUGGCAAUGAUGUGCCAGUUUGCUGCUGAUGUCUGUUACUUUCCUACCUCAGACCCACAGAUUAGGUGUGUGGAAGACACAUACAGCUGUGUUUUGCACAAAAAGAAACUUGUAAUUUUUCACCAACAGGAUGGAAAGACGGCAGAGGAUCUUGCUAAAUCAGAACAGCAUGAGCACGUGGCUGGUCUACUUGCCAGACUCCGAAAGGAUACUCACAGAGGGCUCUUCAUCCAGCAGCUCCGACCCACACAGAAUCUCCAGCCAAGAAUCAAGCUCAAGCUAUUUGGCCACUCAGGUUCCGGGAAAACCACCCUGGUGGAAUCUCUCAAGUGCGGUCUGCUGAGGAGCUUUUUCAGAAGGCGCCGGCCCAGACUCUCCUCCACCAAUUCCACCAGAUUCCCACCAUCUCCCCUAACUGCUAAGCCAACAGUCUCUGUGAGCAUCAACAACUUGUACCCUGGCUGUGAGAACGUGAGUGUGAGGAGCCGCAGCAUGAUGUUUGAGCCGGGCCUCACUAAAGGAAUGUUGGAGGUGUUCGUGGCCCCAUCCCACCACGCGCACUGCUCUACCGAUGACCAGUCCACCACCAUCGACAUCCAGAAUGCCUAUUUGAAUGGAGUCGGGGAUUUCAGCGUGUGGGAAUUCUCUGGAAAUCCUGUAUAUUUCUGCUGCUAUGACUAUUUUGCUGCAAAUGAUCCCACGUCCAUCCAUGUCAUCGUUUUUAGUCUAGAAGAACCCUAUGAGAUCCAGCUGAACCAAGUGAUUUUCUGGCUCAGUUUCCUGAAGUCUCUAGUCCCAGUUGAAGAACCCAUAGCCUUUGGCGGCAAGCUGAAGAACCCACUCCGAGUUGUCCUGGUGGCCACUCAUGCUGACAUCAUGAAUGUCCCUCGUCCAGCUGGAGGCGAGUUUGGAUAUGACAAAGACACUUCCUUGCUGAAAGAGAUCAAGAACAGGUUUGGGAAUGAUCUUCACAUUUCAAAUAAGCUGUUUGUGCUGGAUGCUGGAGCUUCUGGGUCUAAGGACAUAAAAGUUCUUCGGAAUCACCUGCAAGAAAUUCGGAGUCAGAUUGUUUUGGGCUGCCCUCCCAUGACACACCUCUGUGAGAAAAUCAUCUCCACGCUGCCUUCUUGGAGGAAGCUCAAUGGGCCCAAUCAACUGAUGUCACUGCAGCAGUUCAUGUAUGAUGUUCAGGACCAGUUGAACCCCUUGGCCAGUGAGGAGGACCUCAGGCGCAUCGCACAGCAGCUCCACAGCACAGGGGAGAUCAACAUAAUACAGAGUGAAACUGUGCAGGAUGUGCUGCUCCUGGAUCCCCGCUGGCUCUGCACCAAUGUCCUGGGGAAACUGCUUUCGGUGGAAACUCCCCGGGCCCUGCACCAUUACAGGGGCCGCUACACCAUGGAGGACAUCCAGCGCUUGGUACCCGAUAGCGACGUGGAAGAACUGCUGCAGAUCCUGGAUGCCAUGGACAUCUGUGCCCGUGACCUGAGCAGCGGGACCAUGGUGGAUGUCCCUGCAUUGAUCAAGACAGAUAACCUGCAGCGCUCCUGGACAGACGAAGAGGACGAGGUGAUGGUGUACGGUGGUGUGCGCAUUGUCCCUGUGGAGCAUCUUACCCCCUUCCCAUGUGGCAUCUUUCAUAAAGUUCAGGUGAACCUGUGUCGGUGGAUUCACCAGCAGAGCACAGAGGGUGAUGCAGACAUUCGCCUAUGGGUAAGCGGCUGCAAGAUUGCCAACCGUGGGGCAGAGCUACUGGUGCUGCUGGUCAACCAUGGCCAGGGCAUCGAAGUACAGGUACGCGGGCUAGAGACUGAGAAGAUCAAGUGCUGCCUGCUGCUGGACUCGGUGUGCAGUACUAUUGAGAAUGUCAUGGCCACCACAUUGCCGGGGCUGUUGACAGUGAAGCACUACCUGAGCCCCCAGCAGCUGCGAGAGCACCAUGAGCCCGUUAUGAUCUACCAGCCACGAGAUUUCUUCCGAGCACAGACCCUGAAGGAGAGUUCCCUGACAAAUACCAUGGGUGGGUACAAGGAGAGCUUCAGCAGCAUCACCUGCUUUGGGUGUCAUGAUGUCUACUCACAGGCUAGUCUUGGCAUGGACAUCCACGCAUCGGAUUUGAACCUCCUGACACGAAGGAAACUGAGUCGCCUACUGGAUCCACCUGACCCUAUGGGGAAGGACUGGUGCCUUCUGGCCAUGAACUUGGGCCUCCCGGACCUCGUGGCUAAGUACAACACCAAUACUGGGGCCCCUAGAGAUUUCCUCCCCAGCCCAGUUCAUGCCCUGCUACGGGAAUGGACCUCCUACCCUGAGAGCACAGUAGGCAUCCUCAUGUCCAAACUGAGGGAGCUGGGUCGCAGGGAUGCUGCAGACUUUUUACUGAAGGCAUCCUCUGUGUUCAAAAUUAACCUGGAUGGCAAUGGCCAGGAAGCCUAUGCAUCAAGCUGCAAUAGUGGCACGUCUUACAAUUCCAUUAGCUCUGUGGUGUCCCGGUGAAGGUAGCCUGGACUUGGACAGGGUUUCUUCCAACUGCAGAAGCAAGGGAUGCAAUUCAUCCUUUCUAGUGGAGAUCUUGGGACUUUCCUUCCUGCGCCCACAUUCUGAAGAUGCUAGCUUCCCUCCCUCCUGCUUUGCCUGUUUCCCUGCCACCAUCUCCCUCCCUCACACCUAUCCUUUGUCUGAGGAUGGUCUUUCUAGUCAAGAGGGUAGACAAUAUCCUUCAUUUUGGCCACUUGAAAAACUAGUGUCUGUCCUAUCAGUGUUUUGGACUUCAUCUCUCGUCCUACAGUACCUUGCUUCUUACCAGUAAUUUUAUUGGAAUUCAUAACUUUUCAAUGAAAUUUUUUUAAACUACUUUAUUGAGAAAGCGCACAUUUAUCCACAAUGUAUAUUUCUUACACUCUUUUCUUUGUUAUACCAGCUCCUCAACUUAUCUUUUAUAUUUGUAGGAGAGACUCCCAUGCUUGGACCCCCACUGUAUGAUUUAUAAACAGACAAUAUGUGAGUGCCUUUUGCAGAAGAGGGUGUGUCUGAAAUCAUCUAAGUCAGCCAGGCGCUGUCACCAAGGAAACGCUACCUCUCUGUCCCUUGCUGUAUGCUCAUCAUCGCCAGAGGUGCUUCACCCUGAGUUUUUGUUUUUGUUUCUAUUUUCUUGAUGUUUGGGGUGGGGGUGUCUGUUUCAUUCAGCAAGGAAAGGGGACAACGAAAUCCUCCUCCAGGGUGAUUUCAUAGCCAGUGUUGUUGUUCUACAAAAACAUUUUCCACUUGGCUUUUGUUGCAAUGUCCAUGUGAAUGUGCACAUGAAACCUACAAACUGUCAUGCUUCAUCAUCCUCUCUCAUCUCAGGUAGAAGGUUGACACAGUUGUAGGGUUGUGAAGACCUAUGUAAGAAUUCAGAAGAUCCCUGGCUCAUGAUUUGUGGCAGUCUGUUGUGGUUGGUGUAUAGAAGAUGGUUUCCACAUUUAGAUCCUGGUUUGAUAAUUUCUUGUAUUUGACGUCAAAAAAGAAAAUACAGGAACAGGCUUUCUUGCAGUGAUUUGACAUUGUGAUAGAAUUUUAAGUUGAUGAGGGAAACAUGUCCUAAUUCUUCUGUCCUGAGAAGCAUGUAGUGUUAAUGUUAUAUCAUCUGUGUGUGUGUGUGUGUGUGUGUAUACACACACACACACACACACAAUGUAUAUACCUAUAUAUUAAUACUGGUAUUUUUACUUAAUCUAUAAUAUGUCAUAAAAGAAAUGUUUGCUUUUCUUUUUUCUUUUUUUUUUAAUAAAUAAACUUGCUUAUUGCAUUGGA